CGCAGCCCUUAUCAGAAAUGGCGUCUCUCGCUUUCCUUUGACGUCAGUUCUGUUCCGGAAUUCCAAUUUCUGGUUCCGGAUGUAAGGGGUGAGAGUGCUUGGGCUGGAUUGCCGGUACUGUGGUGCCGGAGGGAGGGAAGAGAAGGUGAUGGCUCAGGCUUGGGGCAGGAGGCUCUUGUGUAGAGCACAUCACGCGGUCAUUCAGCCCUGGGCCCUGGAGUUGCACAGACAAGUCGGACACUGCGCGAGAGUCGCCCGCAAAGGAGGAAACUGCGGAAAGGCAGUGCCAUGUCUAGUUACCUCGGCACACUUUACAGAUCGGAGGAGCCUUCUUUGGAGGCCUCCAUCUAGGCUUCUGCAUGUAACGCAUGGAGGAUGCUGCUGCAGCAAGACCAGUAGCGAGGCCAAAUAUAAAGACCCGUUUACACUUGGAAGCAGAGACCUAAAUAAUUUCUAUGAUGAUAUCAAGAAGGAGCUGUUAAUAACAACCAAGGAGCUGAAAGAAAUGUGCGAUUAUUAUUUUGAUGGAAAAGGGAAAGCUUUCAGACCAAUGCUUGUCAUGCUAAUGGCACGGGCGUGCAAUAGCCAUUACAAUAACUGCCGGGAGGUGCAUCCUUCUCAGCGCACCAUUGCUGAAAUCUCCGAAAUGAUCCACACAGCGAGUUUAGUCCACGAUGAUGUCAUUGAUGGUUCCGACUCUCGGAGAGGGAAACAAACUGUCAAUCAAAUCUGGGGAGAAAGAAAAGCGGUCCUUGCCGGCGAUCUUAUACUGUCAGUAGCUGCAGUGGCCUUGGCACGAAUUGGGAAUAACACAGUAAUAGCCCUGAUCUCUCAAAUCAUUGAAGAUUUGGUGCGUGGUGAAUUUCUUCAACUGGGCUCCAAAGAGAAUGAAAAUGAAAGAUUCUCUCACUACCUUGAAAAGACCUUUAAGAAGACUGCAAGCCUCAUAGCCAACAGCUGUAAAGCAGUCUCUGUGUUAGCUUGUCCUGAUCCCGCCGUUCAUGAGAUUGCAUACCAGUAUGGCAAGAAUGUUGGCAUAGCUUUUCAGCUUAUAGAUGAUGUCUUGGACUUUACAUCUUGUGCCGACCAGUUGGGGAAACCAGCAGCAGCCGAUUUGAAACUGGGAUUGGCAACUGGUCCAGUUUUAUUUGCUUGCCAACAGUUUCCGGAGCUCAAUGCCCUGAUCAUGAGAAGAUUCAGUUUGCCAGGAGAUGUAGAGCGAGCGUGGCAGUAUGUUCUCCAGAGCAAUGGUGUCCAGCAAACAACCUACCUCGCCCAGAGUUACUGCAGUCAAGCAGUGCAAGAGAUCAGCAAGCUGCAGCCGUCCCCUGAGAGAGAAGCGCUCAUUCAGCUCACAGAAAUUGUACUUACAAGGGACAAAUGACAAGAACCUCUGGCUCUACCAGGCAGCUAACACCAAACUGUGCCUAAUGCAACACAUCAAACACAGCCGACAUCCAACCAAAGCGCUAUGUACCAUCUCGGGACGGCUUUCUCUUGGCAUUGAAAGUCUUUUUUUUUUUAUUUGGAUUUUUUAUUCAUUGAAGCCAUUUUAUUUAAAACUAAGCAGAUGCAGGGAAAGUCCUUUUUAUUAAGAGAGUAUAUUGUGAGAUUCUGUCUCUAUGCCAAGCUAAAGGGAUCCUGUCAUUGGAAAACAUGUUUUUUUCAAAAUGAAUCAGUUAAUAGUGCUACUC